ACGCAACUUUUUUCCACCACUAGAGCCCUAUGCUUAAUAUUAUAAACAAAAUCGAAUCGAAACAAAAACAGCGCCUUGUGUUUGAUGGUUGUGUGAAAAGUGCAUACGGAUGGGCAUGCAGCGUGCAGAUCGCAGAACACAUUAGAUACCCCAGUUUGAUGGUUCACUUACAAUAUUAUCGCGGUUUUUUUGGGAGCGGAACAGCGGACACAAAAUUUACUGUACGCGACAGCGGGACUAAAUUAUUUAUUACACAACAAAUAAAUCAAAACAGGCAUCAGCGCAUUGUUACGUUAAAAAACAGCAGCGUUCUGCUAUAAAUAGGUUGUAAACAAACCGAGAAAUAGGAAAGAAGCGCGCGCGCUCUUGACCCACUAUCUCUGUCGCCUCGCAAAACCCAACCAAAGGCAAGACCGUAGCAGUAGCACGUGCAGGUUGCAGCCAUGGCAAACCGACAAAUGGCACAAGCGAAUGCCAAUGCGCCCGAGAACCAUCUGCGUCUAUCCUGGCAUGACACCCAGAUGAUGGCCACCCUGAGCCCCCAGACUGUUAUGGACUACUUCUGCCGCAAGUCCAAUCCCUUCUAUGAUCACUUGUGCAACAACGAGACGAUACGGAUGCAGCGGCUGGGGCCCGAGCAUUUGCACAACAUGAUUGGACUGGAGUACAUCUUGCUGCAUGUGGCCGAGCCUAUUCUCUAUGUGAUACGCAAACAGCAUCGUCACAAUCCUUCGGAGGCGACACCCAUUGCCGACUACUACAUAAUUGGAGGCACUGUGUACAAGGCGCCCGAUUUGGCAAACGUCAUCAAUGCACGCAUACUCAACACAGUCGUCAAUCUUCAGGCCGCCUUCGAGGAGGCCAGCAGCUAUGCCCGGUAUCACCCCAACAAAGGAUACACUUGGGACUUUUCUUCCAACAAAGUUUUGUCCGAUAAGUCCAAGUCGGAUAAAAAAGAUGCCAGCGCUGUGAAGGAUGAGAAUAGUGGCACGUUAUUCCAGAAGCAACGUGUGGACAUGUUGCUGGCCGAAUUGUUGCGCAAAUUUCCACCGCCCAUCCCUCCUAUGCUGCAGAAUCUCCAACAGCAGCCCUCGGCAGCGGGCGAUGAGAUGACACCCGGUGGUAUCAAUGCAACCGAAAUGAACAAUGCCACAGGACCGCUAGACAUAAAAACUGAGGGUGUGGAUAUGAAGCCCCCGCCCGAAAAGAAGUCCAAGUGAUUAUGUUAGAGUGUAUUUUGGUUGUCGGUUGUUGGAGAUUAAAGUACACUGGAACUUAGGUCUAGCUAGGGUAGAGUAAAGACAAAAUGU